UGUCAUUCGCUGCCCAGCGCUGUCAACAAAAACGCGUCUCUUUCAGUCUGUGUCUUCGUCUGCCUCUUUGUUUGCUGCACAAUUGGUCAGAAAAAUAUUUUGCAUUUAAUCCACCCAUCGUGCUCGAAAGGAAGAGGCGAAGCAGCAGUGCCCUUGCAGGCUGUAUUUUUUCCUAACCUGCAAAAGUUGCCCGUUUUGCUGCAGCAUCCAUCCGUGCUUUUGGCAUACAAAAAAGUGCUCUACUCCACGCAACAACCAGCGGCCAGCAGAAUAACGAGCAGAAGCAACGGUAUGGCAACCGUGAUACGACUGAAGAGACGCGUGGAUGAAGAUCCGCUGAACGCAUUUGUGCUGAACUGCAAGCGGCAGCGUGUGGACGGUGCGACGGCAGGCGAAGAAGACCCCAAUGCAAACGGGGCGGCGGCAGGCACUUCGACGAUUCUAAAGUUUGCUGGCACAUUCACAAAGGCUGAAGGUAUCGCGUCGCACAUACAAAACAUACACAAAGAUCAAGCGAAAGAUGCCCUGUCCCGGGUGCACCGGCCCAACAUUACCUCGCGCAACCGGCUGGCCACGAAACAGACCGCACAGAACAGCCGAUUCAAGAUCGUCAACUGUACGCGCUCCAUCACGAACGUGGAACCGAGCGAACCGAGCGACAACAAUGCGCUACCGCUCACGACCACGAUCGUUGACGUCGAGCGGGAAGUGGCCCGUCUGGGGGAAGGCACUGGAGCGGCAGCAGCAGCAGAAGUACCACCACAACAACAUAGUAGUCUGCCCGCGUUGUCAGGGGUAACGCCCGAUAUCGUUCAUUCGGCGAUGGGCAACGGGACUGCGGCGCUGCCGGAAGACCAGAUGCCCUACUUUUACGAGAACGGCGUACACUACGUGUACGAUCUGUACGUGGCCGACGCGAGCCAGAAUGUAACGCACAUCCCGUACUACACCGACAAUCUGGACGAUCUCAGCGUCAUGGUGUGCGACGAUCCACUGUACGCGUGCCACCGGGGUCUCGAUUCGGACGAUUCGAGCGACGCGGAUUCGGAAGACUCGAACGCGGAGAACGACUGGCGCAACGACUACCCGGACGAGGACGAGGACGGUCUGGCGGACGGUGCCAGUGUGGGCGAGGACGAUAUGGUGCGGGCGGUGGAGGAUCUCGAUUUAGAUGGAGAACGGGAACUAUCCUCGGAUGAGGACUACGUGCGGUACGACGAGAACGAGGAGGACGGCUUCGCUUACCCACGGCACGAUGGGGUACUGUACACGGACGAGGAGGACGAUUCGGACAGCGAGGCGGAGGGCAUCAAUCGGGAGGAUGUGCGACGGUACGGGACGGCCUAUGCGCGCUACAAGGCACGCAUCUUGCGCGAAGAGAAACGUGAUCAAGCAGCGGGCAGUAGCAGCAGCAGCUCUAGCACGGAGGAUUUGAAUCUGUACGAUUAAAUGCCGUUGCGUGUGUGAGUGUGUGUACGGUGGGAAUGAAGGGUGGUAGUAACUCAUGGUGAUGUUGAGGGGGUGCUACCGGCCGGCGCCGCAUAGUUUGUAUGCUCCGUGCCGGGGGAGGAAGAAUCAUGCUGUCCAUCAUAGUGCUAGCGUGCUCACUUUCCAUUCAAACGAUCGACAGUUCAGAUCUCGUCGCUUGUAUUCUUUGAAUAUGUGCUGCAUUUAUUAUGUGUUCUCAAAAUAAGAGAGUGAUUCCGUGUGUUUCCUAUUUCUCUUGUAAAGACUAAUGUGUCUUGCAUGUAAAAUAUAAAUAUUUCCCCCCAACCUUUACCUCAAAAAAAUAUUCAAGAGUGUGUUAUAUCUUCUUCCCUCACACACCUCCUUCUCCUACUUUGCUGCAUGCUUUAUCAAAUUUUCCUCUAAAUUCCAUAACUUUAACCUUGUUAGUUCCCUUUCCUAAGCCCCCAGGGACUUGUGUUGUGGGGGGGGGGGGGGACUCUCACCUCUCUACACACAUAUUCCCUUAUUCCUCAUGCUUUGGAAAGUACAAACAAACGUCACAAGGUAGAUCAUUCGGACAAUAUGGUUCACCCCAUUCCAUUCGCUUUCAAGAAAAA